AUGCUCUUGCUGAUGCUGUUUGUCCACAACGUUCAGCUCACAGAUAAGGCCGAUGCGUACGAGGGAGACAUUGCUUCGGAGUCAGAAUCUGAGGAGAACGUCACCGCAGAGGUCCGCGAUGAGAAAGAGGCCCCUCAAAAACCAGCCAAGCUGACCCUGAGACAGGACAUUCGUCAAUCGCUGAGCAAUUGGAGAAAGAAAUCCGUGAAACAACAGGUCUUGGACGCAAUUGGAAUCUGA